GUCAAUCUGGGAAUUGCCGAAACUGCUGACAGUGAUAACCGGCUGCAAACGCUAGUCCAGACAUUCAAAUAUUCUUCUGAAGGCAAUGCUGCAGAAUUGGAACAAAGUUAUCAUGGUAGAAAAACUAGAGUAUGGGAAUGCACUAGUGCUCCUAGACAGAUUAAAAUCUUACGAGUUAUGAAUAAUUUCUUAUUCAACCAAGCCGAUGUUGAGAAUAUAAGAACUAUUUUAUAUUCUGAUGGAAUUGCUAUUUUUAGUGGUAAGAAGAAUACCGGUGAUGAGAGAAUAUUAGAAAUAGCUGAAGUGAAAUUCCUUAAUGCUGGGGACUACACUAAUUUAAAAUUUGAGGGUGCACUUCAAUUUGAUCAAUCACUGGGAAAUUCAAACCUACUUCCCACCGAGCUGAGUGAGACGAAGAUUCAAGAUGUCAAUUAUAUUUUGAAUGACAAUGAACUCUUCAGAACCACCUUCACCUUUCCUGCACAACCUGGACAACCUCCAAAUAUUGGAUAUACUCUGGAAAUCGGAGAGCCUCAUCCCGGUAUGACGUCAGAUGAAGACAAAGAAGGCAGAAGAUUUCAAACGUUGAUAAGGUGUAAUAAAUUGGAGUCAGAGCGUUCUAUUCCUCAAAAAGUAAGAAAUGACGUGAUGAGACCAAAAGUCAUUUCCCUACGAAAAGGACUUAUCAAGAAUGAUGUUCUUCCACAUGAAAUAACUGAUUUGGAUUCGUACUUUGAAGAAACAGGAAAGAAAAUAUGGGAAUGUAAAGUACUUCCACAGGGAACAGCAACUCUCUACAGAGUACAGACUCGAAUGAAGUUGAAACCAGAUAAAAAAAUAGAAGUGAUCUUUUAUCAAAAUGGAGUGAAAAUUUAUGAGGAUUACAAGGAUCAGAGACAUCUCAUUGAAAUUACCUCAUAUUUCGAGAAAAAGACUUCUAAAAACGAGAAAAAGACUUCUAAAAACGAGAAAAAGACUUCCAAAAACAACAAACCAGUAUUUGUACAAGUUAAAUUUGAGGGUCUUGUGAUUCUUCCCUCCAAUGAUCUAAAGGAGAAAUUCAUGGAUGAUAAGGGGAAUUUUCCACACCAUCUCGAUAAACCAAUUUUCCAAUUUUCUGCUAUCAGUAGAGAGACUGGAGUAUCUUACCUAGUUCGAUCAGAGUUCACUACCACGAUCGAUAACAGUGCUGGGGGAAUUGUAACUUGUGUGAAGUAUUCAGACCAAAAUACCAAACAAUUAACUAAGCAGUCAAGAAUUCUAGUUAACAAAAUUAGUGAUAAAUGCGAACCUGGAAUGUGGCUUGAGAUAGAUCGGGAUACAAAUGAUGACAUUCUUUAUGAGACAUAUGAGAUUUGGAGCUGCAGAAAUCAGAAUAAUUCUUUUAGCAGAGUUGUGAAUAAAAUGAUAAUGAAAGGAAACGUUCGUGUAUAUUAUCAAGAUGGAGUGGAAGUACAAAGAUUGAUUCUCCUCAAUGGCGAAAAAUUCAUUCAAAUAAAGCAUGAGAGAUUCUUAAAAAGAGAACAGAGAAUUAAGUACAUUGGAAGGCUGCAACUAGAAAUACAGACUCUACCAGGGCUUGAGAAGAUGCUUAGCUCUCCACCAUUCAACAUUCAAGUUUUGGGAAAAGAGGAUGAACAACAGUCACCCUCUCCUUACCAACCAAGUUACAUUUUUACAUUGGACAGUAUGAGGUAUGCUGCAAAAUUGGAAAAGAGAUCACAUGGCCACAAUCCUCCCAUUGGAUUUAGCAGUCAAAACGACUUUUUGCAGACAACAUUUUUCAAACCGAAAUCGAGCAGAAUAUUUCAGCUAGGACGAUUCUCGAAUAAACUGGACUAUUUGAAUGGAGCUGGAACUAUUGAGUGUUAUGUAUACACAGCUGCAAACUUGAGAGCUAUGAGAUACAGAACCUACCCCGAAGAUGACAAAACAAAGUAUAAUCCAAGAGUUGCAGAGUACAUAGACCAGAAGCUCUACAUAUUGACUCAAGAUGAAUUUGAUGAGAUAUUCACAAUCAAAGAAGUGCGCACUUGGUUUUGCACUGACAAUAUUGAUGAAGUCAUAAAAGUGGAAACAGUUUUUGAGACCACUAUGAUUCCAUUUGCUGUGAGAUCUGCUAAUGGUGUGAAAGUCGAGCUUGAGGGAGAGCAAAAUAAGGAGCUCCUCAGAAUAACAGAAACUGUCUACAUCAACAUAAUGAAUUCAAAAAUUUACAAAUUUCCACAGAAUGAUCCAAAUGGCAAAAAUGAUCAAAAGAUCAAAUCACCAAAAAUAGAAAAAAGCACUGGGAAGGGAUGCCUAGGUUGUUAAUGUGAUAACUACAUAAAAAACUGGAGAGCUCGAAAAUAAUAAUGAUUUAGUAAUUAACUAAAAAUUUCAAGAUCUUCAUCAUUAAUCCAUUAAUUUAUGUAGUCUAAGUGAAUAUUUCUAAUUUAUUUCUGUUUCUAAUCUGGAUAUCAAUUUCCAGUUCAUAUCUUUAUUAUUAUAUAUAUCAAUGAGUUGAAAAGUAACUUUGGUUUUAUAACAUCUUAUUUAUCAAAAUGUUAUUAUAGUUUUAAGCUAUACCUGUUUUUCAAAUCUUCCUAAUGUUAUUGAUAUUCCACUUGAUGGAUGAAUGAGUGUAUAGAAUGAAUUAAUCAACAGUAUCUAUCUUCUGUAACAUUCAUCCAUUGAUUAAAUUACACAAAAUAAAUCAAAAUGUAUAUCUAUCUAUAAAAAACGAUCAGAUGUAACCCAUGCUUCAUUGGGGUUUUGAAAAAACACAGAUUUGUCAUCAAUAUGUAUUAUUUGGUAUAUUGGAAGACCAAUUUAUCGAUUUUUGGAAAAUUCCUAUCAUCCCCAGGAAGGACAAUCAAUAUGAGUAAGGGAUGUAAAUAACUGUGUUUGGGUUUUGAGUAACAAUUAUGAGUGAAAAUAUUUGAAAUUUUGUUUUAUUUAUUAGUUCUUAAUAGGAGUCAUGAGCUGGAAGCUGAAAAAAUAAUUGCUGUGAAAUAUUUAUAAGAGUGUUGUAUACUUUUUUGGCUUAUAAAAUGUCAAUAAAGAUUUUCAAAACAUAACAUCUCUAUCUUAUUAGACUAUAUC